AUGGCACUCGAAAGUAGGCCUCUAGGCCAUCGCUGGCGCUCCUCAAGGAUCUUCAUUCUAUUUGUUGUGAUUCUUGCUCUAUUCUGCGAAACCUUUCUCUAUAGCUUUCCUGUGCCGAUAUUGAGCUACAUGAUCGAAGACCGCCUACACAUUGAUCCUUCCCAAACUCAGAAUAUCACCACAGCAUUGCUUAGUUUGCAUGGUUUUAUAGCACUUAUAUCCGCCCCCAUUAUUGCCCACUUUGCAGACAAAUCCUCGGAUCGAAAAUCUCCACUCUUGAUAAGUCUGGCAGGAUGUUUUGUUGGAACAGUCCUGAUAAGUUUGACUCCUUCAGUACCGGCGCUCUUCGCAGGACGCAUUAUACAGGGUAUCGCGGGGUCUGCUACAUGGAUUGUGGGAUCUGCCACAAUGACCGACCAUGUAGAAGUAGGUAAUCUUGGGAAGCUCUAUGGGCUUUCUAUGUCCUUUGUGAGUGCCGGCGUUGUUGCGGGUCCUGCAAUUGCCGGUACCGUCUUGGAGCUGGCGGGAUACUGGCCUGCAUGGUCUGUCGCCUUGGGCCUCCUUGCCCUUGAUAUCAUAAUGCGGUUUAUCAUGAUUGAAACCCCCAAGUCGUCGUCCACUGAUCACGAUUCCCCCACCAUCGAGCCAUCGGAUACCGCUGCAUCCAAUUCAGAGACAUCUCCUCUACUGGCUCAUGACGCUCUCACUCAUCAACCUAACACGUUGGAUUCCAUUGCUGAGACACAUGACGAGCAUACCCAGAAAGGCGGUUUCUACCGAAUCAUGCUUUCGGAUGCCCGCGUCAUUAGCGGUAUUUCGAGUACUAUCCUCAGCUCUUCCAUCCUGGCCAGCUUUGACGCAACACUUACUCUUCACCUACGUGAUGCCUUCGGUUGGGGAAGUAUGGCUGCCGGGAUGAUGUUUUUAUCCCUGCAGCUACCAUCGAUAUGCAUAGGCUCUUUAGCCGGAUGGCUGCGGGAUCGAGUUGGAUUACGUUAUCCCACUGCAAUCGGAUGGGCUCUAUUCGCUCCUAUAAUGUGGCUUCUCGGCGUGCCUGGGUCAGACAAAUCCCCAUUUGGCUCUACAAUAAAUGAAGAGGGGUUGUUCAUUUUUGCUGUUAUUGCCUUCGGCGUGGUUACCCCGUUUGUACGUGGAGCCGGCUAUCUACAGCUUUCUACUAAAGACCCUGAAAUAUUUGGCCAACAUGGGGGUAGUAACCGCGUCUUUGCCUUGCAAGAUAUAGCACUCAGCCUAGGGCUAAUGAUCGGACCAUUGAUCUCCGGAUCCUUGACCCAAGCUGUUGGUUACUACUGGAUGAGCUGUACUCUCGGUAAGUGA